CGAAGGCGCGAGGGCCGAGAGGCGAAGGCGCGAGCGGAGGGAGACAGCGCCGCCAUGUCGCAGGGGGGGUUCUACGAUUGCGAGCGGGCCCCCCCGCGUCCCAUGGCGUCAGAGCUGGGGGCACUCGGGGAGCACGAGGCCUCCAUCGACCUGGCCGCCUACAUCGGCGAUGAGCAGCUGCUGUCGGAGCUUCUGCAGGGCCCCCCGCAGCGGGCGCCGAAGAGCUCCCCCUUCCCGGGCUACCUGCAGGGGGAGCCCUGGGGCUACGGGAGCCCCCAUAAGGGCUACGGCGCCCUGGUGAAGGAGGAGCCGCGGGGGGCAGAGCCCGGGCGCCGCACCAGCUACAACCCCCUGCCCUUCCAGGUGGCGCAUUGCGGGCAAACGGCCGUCAGCCUGCCACCGGGGGGCGCCAGCCCAGCCCUGCGCACGCUCAAGGGCCCCCCCUGCAGCCCGCUGCUGGCCUCGCCGGGCCCGGGCAAGGGGAAGAAGGCGGUGAACAAGGACAGCCUGGAGUACCGGCUGCGCCGGGAGCGGAACAACAUCGCCGUGCGCAAGAGCCGGGACAAGGCCAAGCGGCGGGUGCUGGAGACGCAGCAGCGGGUGCUGGAGCUGGCGGCGGAGAACGAGCGGCUGCAGAGCCGGGUGGCGCAGCUGAGCCAGGAGCUCGACACGCUCCGGGCCCUGUUCCGCCAGGUGCCCGAGGCCGCCGUGCUGGGCAAGGGGCUGGGGGGCUGCAGCUGAGUGACCCCCAAUAAACCUGCUGAG